UUGAACGCAAGCAGGAUCUUGCUCUCUCAGCUCGUUGCAGCUGGCCCGUGUGUGUUGUUGAUAUUUUGUGUAAAGUGAUAACUACGGGUUUAAAGUGAAGUGCUGUGAGGUACCAGUGACACUAAAGUGAUCGAUUUGGUAGUAAACACAAACAGAUGCGACGAUAUAUUAAAACCCAAUGAGUUGACACUAAGAAAGCUUAUUGGAUAGAAGCUGACUAAUUAUUUGGCCCCCGGUGACAGGAGCAGCACUAUCGUUGCCAUGCUGCACGAAGAGGUCGAGCUGGACGAUACGCAUCUCUGCAACAAAUGCGGUCGAACGGUGGUGGGGUUGGAAACUUACAUCAAACACCGAAAGGUUGCCUGUGUGCCAUCGAAGCCCGCAACGGUGACGAUUGCCAGUGGACCUAGUCCUCGGAUUGUUCCCUCGGAGCAGGGAUACUCGUCGUUUGACUUCGGUGAUGCCAUUAAAGAUGCGGACCACCAUAAGAAACUACCAAACUAUGGAUUUAACUAUGAUUUGGAACCACACCACAGUGAUCCGGUACAACGACCGGAUAGCAAAACGGAUUACAAAAAUGAAGUAAAUUAUGACUAUGAGCUGGGAGCAGAUUUGUUCUUUUCAUCACUGGAACUGCAAAGUAGUUCGAAGAAAAGUGGAAAUUUACAUGCAUCCACCAGCAAACUGAACGUUCCCAUUCGACCGAAGGAGAGAAAAUCAACUGUUUCACUUUCGAACACAGAUCCAGAACCUGAGCAAGAACAUGAAGAUGAUUGGAUUGCUCCUGAACAUGAUUCUGAAAAACUUAUGAAAGCAGUUAGUGACAUAAGUGGAACCAAAAGAGUUGAGUUGUUUCCGUUUUUUCAACACGAAUCUCCGGAACCAUCGGAAGAUGAGAGCGAAGACGACGAAGAUUUUGAUGCACCUCCCAGAACCCACACCGGAGGCAAAUGGAAACCGGAAAAUCGGCCAUCCUCUUCACAGUGGCGCCAUUGGCCUGAUCAAGAUGCUCAACUUGACAAAUCGAUCGAACAGGAUGACGAUGAAGAUUACAAAAGCUUUUCCCCACCUCCGGGGCACACCAAGGGGAAAUGGGUUCCUGGAUCGAAAAUUACUCGUCUGGAAUACAGAGUGCCAUCUUUUCCGAGCAAGCCAUUUGAUGAAAGCUACUGGUGCAGCAUAUGCAAUCGAAAGCUUGCCUCGCGAUUUGUCUAUGAAAGACACCUAAAAUCUAAUCUGCAUAUCAAAAAAGCACAGGAAGAAUCAGAGCUGGAAAGAGCAGUCAAACCAGGAUUCUAUUCAAAUGAACUAUCAAAAAGAAUUACUAAACCUUCUGUCUAUUUGGGAGACGAUUUCUUCAGCAGUAAUCUUAGCCCUGAAAAAAGCUCAACUCCAAUUCCCCUGGUGCUACAAGAUGACCCUUCACCGACAUCUGCUAAGAUUAAAAGAAAACGAAAGUGCUACUACACAAAAUGUGAGAUCUGCAAGACUCGUCUUCCUACCCAUCUACUGGGAAAACAUUUGAUAUCACGAUACCACUAUCGCAGAAUGCUCAACCGACCAGAGCAAUGCUUCGACGAUAUUCUGAAAAAUAUUCAUCGCAUUGUAUUGCAAUCACCCUUUCAGUGUCACCCCUGCAGAUUCUACGCCAACACCGAAGAGCACUUUAUGGCGCAUUGGAAUUCAGUUGAACACGAAGAAAAUGUCAGCUCUGGCGGAAGACUGUGGUGUAGUUUUUGUAAAUUUGAGUGUUCAGAUAACUUUCAAAUGACGAACCAUUUGCUCGACCAAGAUCACCAAGAAGUGAUUUCCGUAAUCAACCGUUCAGUACCGAUCAUCAUCCGAAAGAUAACUCCCAUUCGCUGUGUGUUUUGUGGAGAUGAAUUCCGCUACAACGCCAUGCUGAACAAACAUCAUGAAUACUGUAACGAAGGAACUCCGGAGGAUGCCCUUCGUGUGAGACGUACAUUCCAGAAUGCCUUCAACUGCAAUAUAUGCAAAGCAUCCUUUCACAACAAUACGCUACUGUUGCAGCACAAUCAGAAACUACAUCGUAUGGCCACCUACUACUGUUCAAUCUGUGAGAUAACAUUCAAAACUCCAAACGAAUCAUUGAAGCAUCGUAAAACAACCGCUCACAAAGUGAUGUCUGCUAGAAAACGUAAAAAAGAUGCCAUCCCACCCAAAGUGUGCAACAUCUGCAAGAAGCAACUGCCGGACAUCCUGGCGCUGAAGGAUCAUAUCCGCAAUGAUCAUCCGGACAUAAGAUACAGUUGCCCACAGUGCGGACAAAAUUUUGUCCUAGCUCAAGAACUUGGCAGACACGUACGUGACAAAAAUUGUUCAUUUUUCAAUUCCACCACAUCAUCGUCGACUACUGGGGCAGCAACGGAAGCAGCGUCCUCGAUGCAGCCAGACAUGGUGGUGGGAACUCUCGCAUCAACAUCCCGGACGCAUCCGGCCACGACUCUGACGACAACGACGACGACGACGCCGGCCGAAAAUUCAAUUAUCCCAAAUGAUUCAAUUAAAGUAAAUAUGAAUGAUCAUAAAGUAGCAAAGGAGUCACAUCUGUAUUCUUCGGGCUCAAAAAUAGCCCCAACAACUGCGGCUUCUGGGGCUCACCGUGCGGGAGCAACGAGUGAACAUGGCAUCGCAACGCUUUCCAGGGCAGCAGUUGACGAGUCGGAAGCUUUCGCUUCGAUAGCACCGAUGACCAUGAUGGGACAUUACUCCACCCUACUGCCCUCAACGGUUCACGGUGCUUUGCCCGGAAUUGAGACCCACCGAGUCGUCGUCACCACGACCCACAAUUUUCUCCUCCCGGGUCCAUCUCCGUCAUCCUCGCAGUCGUCCCUAUCAGCUCACCAGCCGCUUAUCGUUAUUCCAACAACGACGACGAUGACCCAGUCAGCCUCCAUCCCUCCAUCGAACGUUGACGACGACGACGACAAUGAUGAUGAUAACAUUGUCACCAGUGCGUCCACGUCAGCGGAAAUCUUUUUCGCCAUGGCUAAUAAUGCGUCCGAAAAUAAUACUGUUUACGUUGAUGAAAUCGUUGGCACCACCACCGAGGGCAACUCAGUCGUAUCCUGGCAGUGUAAAAUAUGCCCAUUCAGGUCAAACUCGCAGGCAGAAUUUUUAUAUCAUGAAAUUUUGCACUCAUCACAGACCGUUUCCACGUCGCUGGGGACGCCGGAUGUGGCAACGAAAAUCACCUGCCCACUGUGCAAAAAGCAAUUUGCCAAGGCUUCGUUGCGUUGCCACCUGCGACAGCACACGGACGAACGAAUUUUCCCAUGCGAGCUGUGCCCCAUGAGUUUCACUCGAAAGGCCAAUCUCAAGAAUCACAUGGUGAACGUUCAUACCAGGAAAGUGAAAGUCAAAGAAGAAGCCAUCGACAACGAUGCUAAUCAGACGGCGAUUGUGCAAAAGCCGCAAGAACCUCCAAAAAGUGUCGUCUGUGCUACUUGUGGCAAGGCGUUUCCCAACAGAAAAAUCUUAUCUCAACAUGCCAAAGUGCACGUGGCGAGCAAAUCAAUCAAAGAAUUUGCCUGUCAGUACGAAAACUGCUUCUAUAUCGGACAUACUGCGUCAGAGGUGCGAACCCAUCUGCUAAGCUGCCACUCAGACGAAAGAAACUACGUUUGUUCCGAGCAGGGAUGUGACUACCGAGGCAAAACCAUCACUCAACUGCGAAGGCAUUCCCAACGUCACGAGGAAACCGAGAAAAAGUACAAAUGUAAUCAGUGUGAGUUUGCCACCAGGAUUCCAGGCCAUUUAAAGCGACAUCUGCUAGUGCACAGCGGUGGUAAACCAUUCCAAUGCCCUCACUGCGAGUACAGCUGUAAUAAUAUUGAAAAUCUUCGGAAGCACGUUAUCUCCACUUCGAAACAUAAGGGUAAAUUUUUAUAUGAAUGCAAAUACUGCCCGGCCACAACGGAAUCUGAAGAAGUCUACAAAUCCAACUUCAGCAAAGAUUAUCGCAAUCAUCUACUGACACAUCAUAAGCUACCCAAGGAGGAAGCAAAUCAGGCUGUGCGAAUUUUUUGAAGGCUUGAUAUUUUAUUAUUCACUGAAAAUUGAUGUGAAAUACAAACUCUUGUUAGGUCUGGUUUACCGAUUCAGUACUAAUUUAUAA